AUGACGAAAAACUUGGAUAUAGACAGGAUUAUAUAUCAGCUGCUGACAUAUCAGGAGGCACCAGGAAAACAGGUUCAGCUACCUGAGUCCCAGAUCAGACAACUAUGCCAGCUAUCCAGAGAAAUAUUUAUGGAACAGCCAAACUUACUAGAGCUAGAAUCUCCGAUCACCAUAGUAGGGGAUAUACAUGGACAGUACCAGGAUUUAAUCUCGCACUUUGAACGCAAUGGUUUCCCAGGAGAGGCUAACUAUCUGUUCCUCGGGGAUUAUGUUGAUAGAGGAAAGAGAUCUCUAGAAACCAUAUGUCUCUGUCUAGCUUACAAGAUUAAGUAUCCAAAAAAUUUCUUUUUGCUGAGAGGAAAUCAUGAAUGUGCUUCAAUUAACAGAAUCUAUGGAUUUUAUGACGAGUGUAAAAGAAGGUACAACAUCAAGCUAUGGAAAACGUUUACCGACUGUUUCAACUGUUUACCAUUGGCUGCCAUUGUAGAAAAUACAAUAUUUUGCAUGCAUGGUGGUUUGUCUCCAGAUAUGGAUAACCUUGACCAGAUUAGAAACAUAGAAAGACCUUGUGAUGUGCCAGACAUUGGACUCGUCUGUGACUUGAUGUGGUCAGACCCAGAUGAUGAUAUAACGGGUUGGGGUGAGAAUGACAGAGGUGUUUCUUUCACAUUUGGAGGAGAUGUUGUUGACCAAUUCCUGGAAAAACACAACUUUUCCCUCAUAGCUAGAGGCCACCAGGUAGUAGAGGAUGGAUAUGAGUUCUUCAAUAAUAGAAAACUGGUGACACUUUUCAGUGCUCCAAACUAUUGUGGAGAGUUUGACAAUGCUGGUGCAAUUAUGAUAGCUUCAGAAGAUCUAAUGUGCUCAUUUAGUAUCCUUAAGCCUGCGAAAGGAAAAUCUGUGGCUGUCAAAAAGUGA